AUGAUAGUGAAAUAUUUACUUUUCCUUAUCGCUUCUGUGCCACUGUCAUCGGCUGCACAGCCGGCGAUUCUUGAGGUGCCACGUCCAAUACGACUAGAGCCACCUUCGAAGCAAAAUGUUCUGCUGCUCCUCGCCGAUGAUGGUGGCUUCGAGAUGGGCGCUUAUAGGAAUCGCAUCUGCCAAACCCCGAAUCUCGACGCUUUGGCGAAGCAGAGUGUGAUAUUCAACAACGCAUACACUUCAGUCAGCAGCUGCUCUCCAAGCCGAGCAGCUCUGCUCACCGGCUUGCCGAGUCAUCAGAAUGGAAUGUAUGGUCUUCACCAGGGUGUUCAUCACUUCAACACCUUCGAUUCCAUUGUAAGUCUGCCGAAUCUGCUGGGAAACAAGGGCAAUAUUCGCACUGGAAUCAUUGGAAAGAAGCAUGUUGGGCCGUCUGAAGUGUACAAAUUCGAUUUUGAGCGAACAGAAGAGCAAUUUCCAAUUAAUCAAGUGGGCAGAAAUAUCACCAAUAUUAAGAAUCUCGUGAAGGAAUUCCUCUCGUCCAACGACACUCGACCAUUCUUCCUCAUGGUCUCCUUCCACGAUCCUCAUCGCUGUGGCCACGUGACGCCUCAGUAUGGCAGCUUCUGCGAACGCUGGGGAAGCGGAGAGGAAGGAAUGGGCCUCAUUCCCGACUGGCAUCCAAUCUACUACGUCUGGGAUGAGAUUGACCUGCCUUUCUACGUUCCAGACACCGAACCAGCUCGAAGAGACGUCGCUGCGCAGUACACCACAAUAUCACGCCUUGAUCAAGGCGUCGGACUCGUGCUGAAGGAGCUCCAAGACGCUGGCUUCGAUUCCAACACCCUCGUCGUCUACACAUCGGACAAUGGUCCUCCUCUGCCGUCCGGAAGGACGAACUUCUACGAUCCCGGCAUUGCUGAGCCAUUGUUCAUCCGAUCGCCGGCACCAGAAGCCCGUAAGAAUGAAGUUAGCUACACUCUGACCAGCCUUCUGGACUUGCUUCCCACCUUCCUGGACUGGUACGGCGUGCAGUAUCCCAAGAAAGCCAAGACAAAGUUAAGCGGAAAGUCCCUUUUGCCAAUUCUCACCGCUGAACCACCCAAUGAUCCUGACGCUGCCAUUUUCGCCAGUCAAUCUUAUCACGAAGUCACGAUGAAUUACCCAAUGAGAGCCAUCAGGACGAGACGCUACAAGUUGAUUCACAAUCUAAACUACCAAGCGCCCUUCCCAAUCGAUCAGGACUUCUACGUGUCGCCCACAUUUCAGGACAUCCUCAACAGGACCAUGGCGAAGCAGCCUCUGCCGUGGUACAAGAGCCUCAAGCGAUACUAUCAGCGAGACGAAUGGGAAUUGUUUGAUUUGAAGCAAGAUCCGGGAGAAUUGAGAAAUCUCUUCGGCAACAAAGCCAUGGAGAAGGUCAAGACGGAACUCCAGGAGCGCCUGCAGAAGUGGCUGCAAGACACAAAUGAUCCUUGGCAGUGUGCACCGCAUGGAAUCCUUCAAAAUGUCGGUGAAUUCAAGGAUGAUCCGCAGUGUUUGACUUUAGGACACGCAGAUCUUUGAAAUCAAAUCAAGUUUUGAACACAAACUCAUUUAU